UAAUAACAUAUAUUAUUGUCAACACAUGUGUUGUCGUCGAUGACAAUCACAUUAACUAAUCGGUGAUUAGCGACCAAUAAAGUUGUCCGCAAUAACAAUAACAACAAAAAGACAAUGCGAUUGACACCACCAUCGCUGACAAAAAUCCCAUUAUUCUGGUGGGGAAAGGGUUGGGGACACAAACCGGGCAGAAAUAAGACACACUUCUUGUUUCGCGAACAGUGGAAAGCAAAGAGCCGGCGAAAGAUCGAAGAUUAUGAACAAACACUUCCCAAAGGUGUGACCGUUGAAGACCCCAAUAAGUUUGUUGUCGAUGCCAUGCGUGAAGAGUUGUCGCCAAUAAGAACUGCCGAAGAGCUUAAAGAAUUUCCGUGGCCAUUCUCUAACCGUCCCAUCAAAGGCUUUGCCGGUGAUCCCAAGUAUAACGAGACGCCAGCACUGGUCUACCAUCGAUACCGAAAACUAUUGGAUCCGAUCAAUCAGCCCCUUGUCUUCACCAAUACAGUGAUCGAAGGUGAUCAAGAAUUGCCCGAAUCGGUCAAUCAUCUGAUGGUUGGCGACAUCGACAUUGACGAUCAGUUUAUCGAUUUGCUGGCCCGACGUUUGGAUUGGUGUAAGACAAGCGACUCGACGAUGCGAAAGCUGCCCAUCAAUCGUGAGUAUCCUUAUUUGGAUCAAAGACCACCCCGUGUUUGGGGUAUACCUCCCAAUCGUCAAGAAUUGAAUUAUCUGAGAACACUCUACGAUUCGACACAACUGUUAUCAUCAAAACAGUUCGGUUUUGUCGACAUAUCGAAAAUUUCUUAUCCGUAUUGUGUCGUCCCCUUCAAUAGAGACAACAGACUUGUUGUCUUUGAUUUGGAUACCGAUUUCAUUACUGUUGCUAAUAGUGGCAACCGUUUACCACUGUUCAGCACAACACCAUUGGCCACAAUCGACAAACCAUUGGCGUCGAUAAAUCCUCUCAAUUGGACCACUUGUUUUGAUGAAAAGAAUGUCUAUCCGACUGAUUAUGAAUUCAAACUUCCCGACAAUCAUAACAUACAAACCAUUUACUUUACACACAAUCAAUUGCUCAAUUUGAAUGACACGUAUUUUGUUGGCCGAGCCAUCAACUAUUGUUACGGCUAUGCAACAGCUCAGGCACGGCUGAUGGCCGCCAACAAUGAUAUCCAACACUACAAAGAUCUGGCUGAUCCCGUACCAGUUCAGUGUGUUUUCAUAAAUCCCAAUGGAUUUACAUUGGGAUUCAUGUGCUACCAACUGAACACCACAUCGUUUGAUUCGCCGCUCAAGAAUCAAGUCUGGUUUAAGACAGGUAUCACCGAUUUGGCAGACAUUCAGAAACAUUUGUUGGCAUUUCAUGUCAACGGAUUUGUUGAGCCCAUCACUAAAACUAUGAAAACUUUUAUCAACUCUUAAAAAGAUUUAAAUAAAACUAUUUGUUGUUAUUGUUGUAUAGUAC